CCUCUGGCUUCAUAAUCACACCAUUCUCAUUUCAGGGUUGUAUGAUGGCAGAUCAAGACAGAAACAGUUCUUACUACAUGUCAGUCAUGGCAACACAGAUAUGCAAUCAGAUCAGUUCAGUUUUCUCCCCACCAUCGACUUCAGCCACCUCCAAUGGCCGACCAUCAGCCCUUUCAGUUGCCGUGGAGGAGAUCAAAGCAGCUGUUGUAGACCGUAAUGGCCGAGUAUUCGUUCAUGGGGUAGGCCGAGAAGGACUAAUGCUGAAAGCACUCUGUAUGCGUCUCAGCCAUCUCAGCAUAUCAGCUCACUGCGUCGGCGACAUGACUACACCUCCGAUCUCUUCCUCCGACCUUCUCAUCGCUUCUGCAGGUCCUGGUGGGUUCUCUACAGUUGAUGCCAUUUGUGGAGUGGCAAAAUCAAACGGUGCACGCAUACUUCUAUUCACAGCUCAACCUGAUUCUGGAUCAGCUACUCAAUAUGCAACUGCAAUUGGGUUUAUUCCGGCACAGACCAUGGCUAAUGAUGAUGUAGCUAACAAUGGAGAGAAAGAUGAUUUGAGCCAACGAGCAGUAUCAUCAACUAGAAGAGAUUUGCUUCCUAUGGGUAGUGUAUAUGAGGGAGCCAUGUUUGUGUUGUUUGAAAUGGUAGUAUAUGAGUUAGGAAGUAUUCUAGGCCAGACCCCAGGGGCCAUUAGAUUGCGCCAUACAAAUCUUGAGUAAAAUCGUGUUCGUAUUUUAUUUCUCCGAAUGAUGAUCACAACAAAUUUGUUUCCUCAUCUCUUCAAAUUACAUUUUCAAUGAAGAGUCUGUUUUUGGCAAAA